AUCAAUCGGUGAUCUGUCAUUCGUUGUAUGCCUCGUUUUUAACUUAAUUGUCCAUUUAAUUUAGAGAAAACAUCAAGUUAGUUUUUUAGCUUGUUACAUCGAAAACAAAUACUUCGAGUCAUUGAAAGGUGGUCAAGAGUUAACAAAAAAAAUAAGGUUAUAACAAAGUGAGUGUGAAUAUCUAUCCGUUCAAAGACUGCGGAUCUUGCCAUGACGACGGAAGAACAGUUUCAGGCGGCUGUUAAUGUGAUCAGGAAUUUACCAAAGAAUGGUGCAUAUCAACCUAGCAAUGAAGUUAUGCUACGUUUCUAUGCAUAUUACAAACAAGCAACAGAAGGAUCAUGUCAACAACCAAAGCCAGCAUUCUGGGAAGUGGUUAAAAAAGCAAAAUGGGAAGCUUGGACACGCUUAGGCAAUAUGAGUAGAACAGAAGCUAUGAAUAACUAUGUAGAAGAAUUAAAAAAGAUUGUAGAAACAAUGUCUUAUACAGACAAAGUGGCUAAUUUUCUAGACAGUUUAGAUUCAUUUUGUGAAAGUGUCCCACCUGAAGAUUUAGAAUUACUUCUUGGUCCUGUGUUAGAACGUAUGCGCUCACAACCUGGAAUGCCAUUAUCCAGUUCUCCCUUAGCAUCAAGAGAAACAUCACCACAUAGAGGUUGUAACAUGACUCGACACAUUGCAAGUAGUUUAGAAACCAGCCCAGCUACUAGCCAUAGUGCAAGUCCACUAGAUACCGACGGCGAAGACGAAUUUAUAGAUACUGUCGAAUCAGCUCCGGAACGAAUACCAAAAGACAUAACAAAAACCACUAAUAUUACUCAAAAAAUGGUUAAUGGUUUAAAUGUUUCUACUGAUAAAGUUAAUGAGUUAGUUGUUCAAAGAGAGAACUCUUCAGAAUUAAUUAAUGGAUACACUAAUACAAAUGGCUAUACAGAACUACUAACAGAAAAUAAGCAAGAAAAAAGUAAACAACGUGUUAAAAAAGAUGAAAAAUCUAACGAGGAAUUUUUCAAUCAAAUAGCUAUAACUAUGCAAAACUUACAAAGAGAUUUAGACAGAAUAACGGCUAGAGUGCGCAGUUUAGAAGGUCAAACAUUACACGCAUUGGCGCCUUCAAUAAAGCAGACUGCAGCAACUUCAUACCCAAAAUGGUGGCCUUUACCAGAGUGUUCACCGCGAUUAUUCACUAUCUUAAUCGUAUGGCCGUUCAUAGCGCAAUUUUUGAUUUCUUUAACACAACGUUAUCGUCAGCGAAGGCUGUGAUUUAAACAUUACCAUAUUACAUCACUCGAAAUAUAUUCCACUAUUUACUGUUAGAUGAAUUCAAAUCAGUGUUGAAUUCAAGUAAUAUAGACAUUUUUUAAGACAGUUCAAGUAUAUUUCUACAAUCUAAAUAUGUAUAUGGCCAAAACUGCUAUGUGAUUCUUGAUUCAUACAGAUUACAUUUGAAGACGUAA